GAGCACGUGACUGACAUGUCCACUUUAAGGGGCGUGACGUCACCGGCGGGUGUUCCCGUCGUGCCGCGUCUCCAGCUGACGGAAGUGAAGAGCGCCGUUGUUGUCGUUACUCCGCUUCGCUCGUGUCAUGAGAUCAGCGCGUUUGUUAUGGCCGCCGUACCGGGUUUGUGUCACGCCGACAGGAGCGACGAGGACGCCGGCGAGCCCGACGAGUCCCUGCAGCACAUGCUGAAGGCCAUCGCGGACGAGCGGAACCGCCUGCACGUCCGACAGGACCUCAGCGGACUGGGGUGUUUUAAGGAUGACCGUAUCGUCUUCUGGACGUGGAUGUUCUCAGUGUAUUUUAUGGAGAAAUGGUCGCCGCGUCAGGAUGAUAUGCUCUUCUAUGUGCGACGCAAACUCUCGUACGUCAGCACCGACAACACGGAAGGAAAGAAGGUGGAGGUCGAGGUGUACAGAAGAGACUCUAAAAAGCUGCCUGGUCUGGGAGAUCCUGAUAUCGACUGGGAAGAGAGUGUCUAUUUAAACCUGAUCCUGCAGAAACUGGACUAUGUGGUCACGUGUGCAGUCUGCACUCGCUCAGACGCAGGAGACAUCCACAUCCACAAGAAGAAGUCUCAGCAAGUGUUCGCCUCCCCGAGCAAACAUCCCAUGGACAGCAAAGGUGAAGAGUCUAAAAUGAGCUAUCCAAACAUCUUCUUCAUGAUCGACAACUUUGAGGAGGUGUUCAACGACAUGACCGUCGGUGAAGGUGAAAUGGUCUGUGUGGAGCUGGUGGCCAGUGAUAAGAGCAACACAUUUCAGGGCGUGAUCUUUCAGGGCUCCAUCCGCUACGAGGCUCUCAAGAAGGUCUAUGACAACCGGGCGAGCGUAGCAGCUAAAAUGGCUCAGCGCAUGUCGUUCGGCUUCUAUAAGUACAACAACAUGGAGUUUGUGCGGAUGAAGGGUCCUCAGGGCAAAGGUCACGCUGAGAUGGCAGUCAGUCGGGUGCCCACCGGAGACACGUCGCCCUGCGGGACAGAGGAAGAUCAAGAUUCCCCCCUCCACGAGAGAGUGACGUCAUUCAGCACCCCUCCGACCCCGGAGAGAAACAGACCCUCAUUCUUCUCGCCGUCGCUGCGUCGCAAAGUUCCUAGAAACCGGAAUGCUGAGAUGAAGAAAUCGCACUCGGCGAACGACAGCGAGGAGUUCUUCAGGGAGGAAGACGAUGAAGACCUGUGUAACGCCACAAACCUGCGCUCUCGAUCUCUGUCGGGCACGGGCCGAUCUCUGGUGGGCUCCUGGCUCAAGUUGAACCGAAAGGAGGAGUAUUUUCUGCUGUAUUCUUAUCUCACUUACGUCACUCUUCCCCUCCACCGCAUCACCACAGAUAUUCUGGAGGUGAGACAAAAGCCCAUUCUGAUGACAUAGCAUCUCCAGAGCUGUGAACACCACGUUACCAAGUGCCUCCUCACAUCAGGCCCUGAGGACCAGCCAUCGAACAACCAAAAACUCCACAAAAGGCGUACGAGAAGAGGGAAAGACCACGCUAAAGAACAAAGUGCCUCUUCUGCUCGUGGCAUCUGCCGAAACGUCCUCCGGAGCCGAAAGACACCUGACGCCGAGGCGAAAAGGGAAACGUUCACGAGAAACUGAACAAACGAAUGUCGUUCUUGUAAAUACACUGCUGCUUAGAUACUCAAUGAAAUGUACCGACCCCGCCCCUCCGUAGACUCUUGUAGGUUUCACGAUGUUGCUGAUUUUGUGUGUUGUAUAUUUUCCAAAGGGACGUUCCUCGCAGCUCAUAGGCCUUAAUACGUCGCUAACCAGCCAAUGUAUAACGAACGUCGUCCGCGUGGCGACUUUUUUAAAGUGCGGGGCACGUCGCAAUUGCCCGGCUAACGUUCUCCUGUCUGUUAUUCCAUGUGUUUGAGGGUGUUUGUCAUAGCCAGAUACUAGUGAACACGACGUGGAAGAGGAGCAGAUGUGUAUUCAGUGUUAGGACGCAGUGGAUCAGUUGAGGACCACACAAGAG